AAUCAAUAUAAUGUGAUAAAAAAUAAAAAGGUUUUUGAAUUGUUAUUUGGUAACUCCAUAUUUCUUCCGAAAUUAAUUUAGAUAUUUUUCGUUACUAGAAAUAAAAAAUUAAUGUCAAAGGCUAUCGGAAUUUAUAGGAUUUUUUAUAAUAUUCAUAUGUUUGUUUUUAUUAAAUUACUAUAUAGGUAUUUUCAUUUCGAAUUACUAAUCUGUAUUGGUAAAGUCAAUGUCAAAUUUAAAUAGUGUUUAAGGCACAAAGUGUUUAUUAUUAUCUAUUUGAAUUGAAACUAUCGUUAUUUUAUAGAAGGUGUAACAAGUUGCUUAAUAGAGUGAUAUCUAAAUUAAUUUUAAACUUUGGAAGGAAGAACAAGUAACUCAAAAAUGUCUUCAGAUGAGGAAAUUUAUAUUGCGCCGCCACCGAACUUGUUUUCUAGGCCCUCUACUUCAAAGUGUAUGCCAGAAGUUAUAGUCAUCGACUCAGAUUCAGAUCCAGAACCAGAACCACCAAAACUUGCCAAGAAAGAAGAGUUUACAAGUCGAGUACUCCGUUCAAGUAAACGACCUCUUUCGAUCUAUGGAGGGCAUACAAAAAAACCCAUACCUCCACUUCUUCCAAUUUCACUUAUAAAGAAAAAACCCAAACAUCCAAAACCUCAGCCCAAAACAGAAGUAGAAACUGUUCAACCUAUUAAAGAGGAAGAAAACUCUGCAGAGGAUGCACAUAUCAAUAAAUUUCUGGUGAUCAAGGAGCUCAAACUGAGGAAGGGACCGUUGAAGCUCUUCGUUGAUAUAGAUCCGCAGCUCAAGGGCAAAUGGUAUCUGGCCAGUCUGGACGGUGAGGCGGAGGCUGCGGGUAUUAACGUGCGACCCGACUCGUUUCUAGAAGGGACCGGGCUUCUGCUGUGGAGCAAGGCAGAGGAGAGUACACUUGUUAGUGCACAAGGAAAGAUGGAGCUGACUCCCCCCGAGGUCCGCUGUCCCCAUGGACUGUAUAUCUGUGAGAUGGUGGAUGCGGUGCCGCGGGUGAGAGAUAAAGUGUUGGUCAAUCACAUCAAGAAUAUAGAAGCUAUUGCCUGCUGUAAACUAACCCUUGUAUUGUUUGGAUAUAAAGAAUAUUUUAGAACUGCUUGCAAAAGGUAUCCUGUAGUAAAAGGCUUUGAUAUUGAGACAGCCAUAGGAGAUUUAAUAAUCAGCACCAAUUGUGAUGCUAUCAUUAUUGAUGAACCAAGUGAGUUGGUGAUGACAGUACUCAAGUUCAAUAAGGGAUUUACAUCUCUUUACAAAUAUGAGCCUAUGAAUGCUAUUAGUGAGAAUGCAGAGUUCUUUAUGAACGAAUUUAACAGGAGAUGUGUUCCGGUUGAUGAUGAUGGUGUUGGUCUUGCUCGUCUAUGGCAGCAGAUGGUAUCAGUCCUGCCUCUUACAAGUUUGGAAUCUGCUAGAGCUGUGUGUGCCAAAUACAAAUCACUAAGGAGCUUAUACGAGGCUCUUUUCACUCCGAAGGGUUUUAAAUCGAUUGCUUCUAUCGACGCGCCCCGGACGAUACUCUCAGGGAGACGUGUUAAAAAACUCGGCCCGGAGAUGGCGGAGAGACUUAAGACUCUUCUGAUGGAGAAGGAUCCGACCGUCAUAGUCAGAUAGAUGUCCAGUAUAAUAUCAAGUUAUGUACUAACUACUAAGUAUAUACUUAUGGUGUUAUCGAUACCGUUUGAUCUCGUAAUUAAUUACUCUUUAUGUCCACUAAUUCGGCGCACUAUUAACGAAAUGUCUCCGGAUUUUUCUCACGGAGCAAAAUUAUAAAAUUGUCAAUAAGACGUCGAAUUUAAUCUUAUGUGAAUAUUAUGUAAAUGUAAUUGUAUCAAGUAUAAUUAAUAAAUUAUUAUUAUUUA